UCCGGGCUCCGGGCCUGCUCCUCCGCGCCGGGCGCUCAGCCCGUGGGGCCGGCCGUUAUAAUCGCGACCAAGGGCCUUGUGACCCGCAGGGCGCCCUGCUUGACGUUAUUGUUGCGGCCGCGACCAUGUUUUUCCGGCGCUUUUGCGUCAGUUCGUCUUUCCAGGGCUCUGGGGGGGUGACCGGUCCAAGUGGGGAAACUGAGGCCCAGGGAGGCAAAAAGGCCGGCUUUUGGAAGUUACCGAGUGCUUAUGGGGCCCCUGAGCCUUGCAGCGACCUUCUGGUCGGGUGGGGAAACUGAGGCCCGAGACCACACGUCUGCGGGUCAGGGCAAAUCCAGGUAAGAGGGCAGGGUGGUGGGGAGUGUCAGAGAGCUGAGAUCCCCGCGGUGCUGAUCUUGCCUGCUAUGCAAAAUGAUGAGCUGCCUUCUCCCCCCACCCCGUAUUUGUCGAAGGGUCUUUCUGUCUGGCACACAGCGGGCCCCCCAAAACGUGGGGUGGACCACGGAAGACCAGACUGCCCGCCUCUCCCACCGCUCAACUCCCCAUUGGGUCCCAGCACCUGGCACAAUGCUUGGCACAUAGUAGGCGCCCGAUAAAUUUGUGUUGGUUGAAUGAAUUAAGGGAUGGGAGGGACGCCAACUAGUCUAGUCCAGGGCUUCUCAAUCUCGGCACUGCUGAUAUGAGGGCCGGAUCAUUCUCUGGGGUGGGGUUGCGCUGUGCACUGUGGGGUGUUGAGCAGCAUUCCUGGCCUUCACCCACUCCAUGGUAUAGCAGCUCCCCGUUGUGACGACCACACAUGUCCCCGGGUUUUGCCAAGAGUCCUCUGAGGGCAGAAUCACCCUGGGUGAGAACUCCUGAACUAGAUGUUAGUGACAAAAGGUGCUUGGUUAAUAUUGGUGAAAUUUAACUGUAUAUAUAGCACAGGGUUUCUCCACCUGGACCCUGACAUUUGAACAGCAUCCCCAGCCUCCACCAAUUCAAUACCAGUAGCACCCCCUUAAGUUGUGACAACCACAAGUGUCUCCAGACAACAUCAUCAGUGUCUCCUGGGGCACAGAAUCACCCCUCCCUUCCCCUAUUUCCUUAGACCAGGCCCAUAUUUAUAUUUUGGGUCAGAUAACUUUGUCGUAGGGGGCUGUCCUGUGCAUUCUAGGGUUUUGAGUAGCAUCCCUGGCCUGCACCCACUCAGUGCCAGUAGCAUCCCCCCCAAGUUGCGACAACCACAAAUGCCUCCAGAUCUUGUCAAGUGUACCCUGGACUGCAUUAUUCCCACCCACCCACCCCCGUUCUAGAAGUUUCCAGACUCUGGGGAGUUCACAGAGAUGUAAAAUUAAUAUAAAGUAGUUAUGGAGCUGUGGUCAUUUUAUUUCACCAAUUGAGGGUGUUAAAAAAGAAAAAAUACCACCACCUUCUGUGACCAUAGCAUCAGAAAAGGAUGCUUUAACACCAAAUAAAAUUAGGAAGGAUGUAAUCUCAGAAUAAAGAACAGCUGACAGCUUUAUACACCAGUGUAUGUUGACUGUGUGUGUGCCUUGGAGCUCCCUGGAUCCCUGGAUGGGUCCCUCUUGUUGUCAGCCUCAGGUUGCUUUUGGGCCCAGGUCUCUCUGUUCCGUUUGCAUCAAAGCUGGUGACUCAGGGCCAUGCAAAUAAAUCCUGUGGUUGUCCUGAAAAUAAAUUUAAGUGGCUAAAGAUUGCGUGUCCUUCACUUGAGAGGGGAAAAAAAAGUCCAUGUUUUUUUUUGUAACUGAGAACAUGAAGAUGGUAUUGCCUUCAUUCCCUUGAAAUGGGCAGAUAGGAAGUGUGAACCUUCUGGUACCUUCUCUUACUCUCCACGCUUUGCAGGGGCAGGGGGAAGGAGUUUCAUCUGUGGACAGCUGAGUUUUUUUAGAAAGCCCCAGUAGUCUCCCUUUAAAAAAUAUUCACUAUUAUGUAUCUUUUACAAAAUGUAUGUAGAUUGGUCAAAAUAACUAGAUUUUUCCUAGCCAGGUCUUCUACCAGGUGUGAGCUUCUAAAUUUACUCUAACUAUUUAAAGUUACUUACCCAAAAGCUUGGUUCUAUUCAUGGUCAUUUCUGCAUCAGUUUUGAUAUUAUUAGUUGCUUUUCUUGAGAACUUUUUUGAUACAGGAAAUUGUUCUUUCAAAUUAUUUCUUGGCAACAUUUUAGCUUCUACCUCAUACGCUCAAAGUGCUCUAAACUAAAAAGAAAGUGAACCCAAUCUAAUUUUACGGGUUUGUAGGGAGUGAGAGGAGGAUGGUUUAGGGUCGUUUGUUUUCGGUUGCAGUUGAGUAGAUUCUGACUGAUGGCGACAUCACGUUAACAGUGAAAUUGUUAAUACAGUAUCUUAUCUCCACUUUCACCCACUCCACUUUUCUCUAUGCCUGUGACUCUAUUCGUUGACUUCCUACUAUGCCAGUCCCUGAGCCAGGUGCUAUAGGUACAGUGUGCAUCAAGCCUUCUCAAUGUCAUGGCUAUGACAUUCUUGUGGUGGGAGACAUCAUGAACGCAAACGGUUCAGUACCGCGGGAAGACAGAGGAAGAUAUGAUAGUGUCUAGGGCAGGGUUUCUCCACCUUGACGCUGUCAAUUUUCGGCGGGAUCGUUCUCUUGGGUGGGGCCGUCCUGUGUACUGUAGGUAUUGAGCAGCAUCCCUGGUCUCCACCAACUCGAUGCUAGUAGCACCUACCCAUGAGUCAUGACACCCACAGAUGUCUACGGACCUUGCCAAGUGUACCCUGGAGGGGCAGGCAAAAGCAGCCCCACUGUAAAACGACAUUCCAUGGAUUGCAAAGACAGACCAGCUUUUCCAGUCAAGAAGUUAAUACAAGCUCGUCUGCCUUUUAAGCGCUUGAGUCUUGUCCCCAAGGAGAAACCUGACGACAGCUCAGAGGAUGUGAGAGGCUCUCAGAGUGCUUCUAUGCAAAAUAAAGCCCCCGACUUGGAAACCUCUUUGGACAACUUGGAGAACCACUGCCAUACAGGUGCCGAUGCUGAAUUUAAACCAAAACUCAUAAACGGGAAGGGUCCCUUAGAUAACUUUUUAAGAAAAGCCAAAAUUGAUCCUGGUGAGACCACAGUCCUAAUUGACCUGACAGAGGACUCGAGCGAUCCGCUGGACAGCCCCGUGGACCAUGCUAAAUAUUGUUCUGAAGCCCCUCCCUCCAGGGACACCAUCAGUGGAGUUGGAGAGGAAGACGAAGGUCAGAGGGGCCUGGUGAAGGCCAGUCAGGACAAUAAGUUGGCAUCUCCAGAAGAGACCCUUCCCGACCUUCCAUGCCACACAAAGGGAAGUGCUGGUUCAGGAGGCGCAGAGAGGCAUGGAGACGGGCAGGAAGGCGCCCCGGAACCCUGCCCUGAACUGGGAGGCGGUUGGAGAACGUGCUGUGAGAGGGAACAGCAGGGUUGGAGCGAGGCGGGGGGCAUUCUGUUCAAAGGGAAGGUGCCUGUGGUGGUCUUGCAGGAUAUCUUGGUGGCGAAACCUCCUCAGGCCACGUCUCCCCAGACAGCACCAUUGGACGAGAGCAUGGCCUGGGAGAGCGAGGAGCUGGGCUCUUGUCCCGAAGAAGACUCUGUCCUCAGCCAUUCGUCCCUGAGCUCGUCCUCAUCUACCAGCUCCCCUGAGGGGCAGCCGGCACGUGGAAAACAGCGAGGCAGUACCAGCCCCUUACCUGCCUCCACACCUACCUGCAGAAUAACUAAGAAAUGCAUCAAAGGCUCUACAGAGAAGAACAAGAUAAGACUGCAAAGAGACAAAGAGCGCUUGGGCAAGCAACUGAGGUUACAAGCAGAAAAGGAAGAAAAGGAGAAAUUGAAAGAGGAGGCCAAGCGGGCCAAGGAAGAGGCCAGAAAAAAGAAAGAGGAAGAGAAGGAGCUGAAAGAGAAGGAGAGACGGGAGAAGAGGGAGAAGGAUGAGAAGGAGAAGGCGGAGAAGCAGAGGCUCAAGGAGGAGAGGCGCAAGGAGAGGCAAGAGGCGCUCGAGGCUAAACUUGAGGAGAAAAGGAAAAAAGAGGAGGAGAAACGGUUAAAAGAAGAAGAAAAGCGCAUUAAAGCUGAGAAGGCUGAGAUCACACGGUUCUUCCAGAAACCAAAGACUCCACAAGCCCCCAAGACCCUGGCCGGCUCCUGUGGCAAGUUUGCCCCAUUUGAGAUUAGAGAGCACAUGGUUCUUGCCCCACUGUGCCGGACAGCCUUCGAUCAGGACCUCUGUGACCAGUUAGACCAGCUUCUGCAGCAGCAGAGUGGCAGCUUCUCCUUCCUGCAGGAUCUAAAGGGCCGGCGGCCCCUCAGAUCCGGGCCCACCAUUGUUUGUAACCGGAAUGCAGACAUCUUCAACAGUGACGUGGUGAUCGUGGAGAGCGGCAAAGCAGAUGGCGUUCCCGAAAGGAAGAAGUUUGGCAGAAUGAAGCUGCUGCAGUUUUCUGAGAACCACCGACCAGCAUACUGGGGCACGUGGAAUAAGAAGACGGCAAUCAUCCGUCCGAGGAACCCCUGGGCCCAGGACCGGAAACUCCUUGACUAUGAGGUGGACAGUGACGAUGAGUGGGAAGAGGAGGAGCCGGGGGAGUCCCUUUCCCACAGCGAAGGGGAUGAUGAUGAUGAGGUGGGUGAGGAUGAAGAUGAGGAUGAUGGCUUUUUUGUGCCCCACGGGUACCUGUCUGAGGACGAAGGUGUGACCGAGGAAUGUGCUGACCCCGAGAACCACAAGGUUCGCCAGAAACUGAAGGCCAAAGAGUGGGACGAGUUUCUAGCCAAGGGGAAGCGGUUCCGCGUCCUCCAGCCCGUGAAAAUCGGCUGUGUUUGGGCGGCUGAGAAGGAUGGCUGUGCUGGCACCGACCUCAAGGUGCUGCAGCAGUUUGCGGCCUGCCUCCUGGACAUGGUGCCCCCCGAGGAGGAACAGAUGCCCAAGGCCUCCAAGAAAGAGAAGAGGGACCACCAGAUCCUUGCCCAGCUGCUCCCGCUGCUACACGGCAACGUCAACGGGAGCAAGGUGAUCAUCCGUGAGUUUCAGGAGUGCUGCCGCCAAGGCCUACUCAGCAGGGACACCGGCAGCCCCGAGAGUAGCUCCACCAGCCCCCCGAGCCCCGGCUCUUCCCGCCCACAGACCCCCACCGCUGGCGACGACACCACCGUUCCAUCCAAGGCCAGGCUCAAGCGGAUCAUUUCCGAGAACUCGGUGUACGAGAAGCGGCCUGACUUCAGGAUGUGCUGGUACGUCCACCCGCAGGUGCUCAAGAGCUUCGACCAGGAGCACCUGCCCGUGCCCUGCCAGUGGAACUACAUCACUGCGGUGCCCUCGACUGCCCGGGAGGACAGUGGCAGCGCCCUCGCCGUGGGGCCCAGCCCAGCCACACUGCUCUCUCUGAAGAGGAAGUCGGCCGGCAGCAUGUGCAUCACGCAGUUCAUGAAGAAGCGUAGGCACGACGGGCAGGUUGGAGCUGGGGACAUGGAUGGCUUCCAGGCGGACACGGAGGAGGAGGAGGAAGAGGAGGGCGACUGCGUGAUGGUGGACAUCCCAGACGUUGGUGAGGCCCAGACCCCAUGUGGCACCUCCUCGGGAGCUGUGGGGUCGGUGAGAGUGGACACCUGUGAGGGCCCGCUGCCUGUGAGUGCGCUCCUCCUGUCCUGAGUGCCCGCGGCCCGCCGAGCUUGGUCAGUGAUGAGGCGUCCUCGGCCGCGCCUCAGAUACUUGAAAGUACUGCCGACCCCCUGGAAAGAGCACUUUGUCCGCUUGGCAGACCUCCCUGGAGGGCUGGAAAGUUUAUAUAGGAUGUUUGACUAGUUCUUUUUGAUACUUGUAAAAACUUCCCCAAAAGCUGCCUAUUAACCUGCUCCUUUCAAAAAGCAUUACUGCAGUGUGGCUCCAUGCCUGGGCGCCUGUAUGGCUGCGGCCCCAUGUCAGGGGCUGGGGUCAGAUGCUUGUAAAUGAAUUGGAACCCGCAGGUGGGCACCCUGGCAGGCAUGUGUGAUGUGGGUGCCUGGGCGUCACAAGGGGGGUUGUGUAUAAACUUAUUCUCUAGCCCAGACCUGGUCUGUCUCUGUUCUUUAAAAGUGCUGUGUCUGAGGGGGGUGCAGUCAGUCACCUGCCCCAGGCCUCUCGGCUAGGAGGGGACUACCCGCCUCCCCAACCUCCAUGUCUGGUGCUACAGCAUCUGCGCAGAACUUUACCCCUUCCCGACACGCUGUUCCACCUGCUGUCUUUAAACCCUCGCCGUCUCCGAGGGCCUUGAGUUGAAGGCGAGGGUCUGUCGGCACUGCUGGCUGGUCCUGCCUGCUCCUCCUGGGAGGGAGGCUGCCAUGUGUGUUCCUACAAGGGUUGAGUGCAGCUCCUCCACUGAGAGCUGCCAGGACCUCAGCUCUGGCUUCCAGUCCUUGAGGCUGGAUGAGAGCAGACUCCCGUGUGGGGCCACAUAGCGAGGAAGUGUUAACCCAGUUGUCAGCCGCUGUCAAGCCAGUCUCCCGACUCAUGGUGAUGCCACACACAACUCAACGGGAUGCUGCCCAGGCCUGCGCCGUCCCCGUGAUCAGUUGCAGAUUGGACCAUUGUGAUCCAUGGGGUUUUCACUGGCUGGUUUUCAGAUGUCGGUCACCAGGCCUUUCUUC